AUGACGCUGAAGGGUGGCACAAGCCACGCCUGCGCAGCGUGCAAGUACCAGCGACGGAAGUGCACGUCGGAGUGCCAGCUAGCCCCCUACUUCCCAUCAAACAAGUCGGAGAUGUUCCGAAACGCCCACAAGCUAUUUGGCGGUUGCUAUGGCUACAUAUGCCGCCUACAAUACCAGAUUCACCAGGCCCAGGAGGAGCUCCAUGCGAUCCACGCCCAGCUCCACAUGUGCCGUGACCACCACCACCACCACGGUCUCGAUGCCACGACAGAGGACGUGCCUUGUGCGGCGGCAGGAGUGAUGGCUCAGUUGUCGCCGUCUCUUGUAACUGCCGAUCAACAUCAGUUGUCCUGCUCCACGAGCAGUAACCCUGUUGGGGGAUACAACUACAAUUCCGGUUACUUUGAUGCUACAAAGGAAAAUAAUAGCAACAAUUCUAAUAAUAAUGCACUAGCAUCCAAUUCCAACUGGCUUCAGCAUACCUAUGGUAUCCACAACAACAUUAAUAACGUCACCAAUUCUUCAUCAUCCAUGGGUGCUCCUCAUUCCCAAUUGUUAGCAACACAACCACUUGAUGGUAUCCAACAGGAAGUUGUGUCGGACUACGAUGAGAUGCAUCUGUUUUUUGAUACAAUCGACGACAGACAAUCGUACAUUGAUUCCAAAGAGGCUUAUGAUACAAGCUCGGAAGAGUCUCUCAAGGACACUACACAGUCCCUUGAGCAACACCUAGUGGCAGAGGACGAGCUGAAGAGCGCGGCGGCAUGCUUCAGUCUCACAAGUGUCAACUGA